ACAGCGGCUUCGGGAAGAUACAAGGAGUUUCUUGCUUCAACAGUGUUUGAACGGAACUUCGACCUCUCUACGAAUUUCGUUUCGCGUUUCUCAUUUAUAUAUAUUUAUCAUUUUUUACCAGUUUUGAUAACAAAAAGAUAAACAUCCGCCGAAAUGGAUUCUCAGGUUCGCCAAAACUACGACCGCGAAUGCGAGGCUUUGAUCAACAAGAUGGUGAAUUUGGAGCUUUACGCUUCAUACACUUACACCUCAAUGGCUCAUUAUUUUGACCGGGAUGAUGUCGCCCUUCGUGGUUUUGCCAAGUUCUUCAAAGAGAACAGUGAGGAGGAGCGUGAGCAUGCAGAGAAAUUCUUGGAGUUUCAGAACAAGAGGGGUGGACGCAUUGUCCUUCAGGACCUAAAGAAACCUGAGCGUGAUGAGUGGGACAAUGGUCUGGUUGCCAUGCAGUGCGCCCUAAAGCUAGAGAAGACUGUUAACCAGGCUCUGCUGGAUCUCCAUAAAGUCUCCUCUGAGAAGUGUGAUCCUCAUCUUUGUGACUUCUUGGAGACUCACUACCUGAAUGAGCAAGUUGAGAGCAUUAAGAAGAUUGGUGACCACAUCACCAACCUUUCAAAGAUGGAUGCUGGAAACAACAGAAUGGCAGAGUACCUGUUUGACAAGCACACCCUGGAUGGAAAGAGCUAAACGAUGGCCGCAGUUCAUCUGCUUGCUGCAAAUUCUUAUUUUUAGUUUAUUCUAAAAUCAAGAAAUGUUUAUCGCGCAGCCUUUUCAAAUCUAGGAGAUUACAAUCUUAACAAAAGCUCAAUGUCAAUAGAAAGAUGCAGUUUUGCUGCUUGCUCCGAUUGGUCAUCUUGUGAUUGUCAAGCCUUGCAUUGCUGAAUGUACACUAAUUUAAACACUGAAGUUCAAUAAACAUUUUUGGCUGGA